UAAUCUUAAUGGUCGACGCAAUGAGGUGCCCGCACCACGAGCUAGCUUAGUUUCAUCUCGUAGCUAGGAGACAAGGAUUUCUAGGAUCUUAUCCGUACCGACGUCUCAGACGUACACUCGUCUCCCCCAGGCAGUUCCACGCCCUCAGUCGUACGUACGUGUCCAUGCAGAGGUUCCCUAUAUAAACGAACCAAGUCCCAAAUUCCAAUCCAUCUUCCAAAAACACUUGCUCUAAUAAUCACAUCAUCAAAUACAUACAGUUUCGAUCAUUUGCACACCGACUGUCUGCGUCUUUGGGAAACUGAUCAACAUAUAUGGCGCAUUACCAGAGCGAGUACGGCAGAGACAAGACCACCGACGAGUUCGGAAACCCGAUCCGCCGGACUGAGGACCCUGUUCACCAUGGUGUAACCGAAGCAGCCACCGGGUACGGCACUCAUGACACUAGAACAGGGUACGGAACUCAUGACACCACCGGAACGGGGUACGGGACUCAUAGCACAACUGGUACAGGCUACGGAACUCAUGGCACCGCCACUGGUCCCACUGGCUUCAAUGCACCAACGGCCGGCGUUCACAGCGUCCCGCUUCAACGCUCUGACAGCUCAAGCUCUUCUGAGGAUGAUGGGUACGGCGGGAGGAGGAAGAAGAAGGGCUUGAAGGAGAAGAUAAAGGAGAAGCUGCCAGGUGGCACACACGGGUCCGAGGACCGUUACGGUGCGACUACUACACCUUACGGUGGACAGCACCAGGAGAAGGGAAUGAUGGACAAGAUCAAAGAGAAGCUUCCCGGCCACCACUAAAUCGAUCUUUGAUCGACUAUCUAUAUAUGCAUAUGUAAAUGCUUGUAGAUAGCUGAAUAAGCUGAUAAGCACCUAUAGUACUUCUACUAGGUAUAAUAAGCAGUGCUGUGUAUAAGGUCCUCAAGGUUGUAAGGGAAGGAUUUAGAAAGUUUAUGUCAAUAUGUGCUCAUUGAGCCUUUGCACUUUGCCAU